AUGUUAACGUUAGCAUGGCUCGCACGACAAGCUCGCAGAGCGGCUCAAUUCAGCCGCAGCGAGGCCUUCACCACCACUCUCCUCGCAGCAGCUCGAGCUGUCACCCUGUCAGCACUGAUUCUCUACCUCCUCAUCACCACCUCCACCUGGCUCGAGCCCGAACGACGGCCACCAAAUUACCCCGUCCCUCAAUUUCCGCAAUUCCACGUGGACCCCUCCUCGGGUCGCAUUCGCGACGCGUACAACCGUGAGCGCGUGUUUCACGGCGUGAACGCCGUCUUCAAAGGCCCGCCAUGGCACCCUCCCGUGCUCGACUCGUUUCACCCAGAGCUUUCCUUCUCCCCGGCCGACUUCGCAAUUCUCCAGACCCUAGGCCUGAACGUGGUGCGCCUGGGAGUCAUGUGGCCCGGUGUGCACCCGGCGCGCGGGGAGACCAACGCGACGUACCUCCACGUGAUGAAGCGCAUGGUGCGGCAGAUGCGCGCGGCUGGAAUCUACACCCUGGUCGACUUUCACCAGGACGUUUUCGGGUCGCGAUUCUGCGGGGAAGGCGCGCCGUCGUGGCUGUUCGACGAGCAGACGGAGUUUCAUUUGCUGCCACGUGGAACGCUGGAUGACGAGGCAGCAGAGAGAGUAGAGACAACGGAGGCGACAGGCACAUCGGUAACCCCAGAGCCGGCAGAAACGGCAGCGGCAGCAGAGACCACAGCUACCAGGUCACACAAAACCUUCCCGUUAGGACGCGCGGAAACCCUCGCAGAGGCGAAAACCGGUGAAAACGAUAUGGUAACCGCCUCCCACGCGUCCGAGUCCCCGUCCGGAACCCCAGGCACGAGCAGCAGAAGCAACAGCCAGACCCGUCGGUUUCACACCAGCGACCCAGACCCGAAGCAGUGCGAGCGGCACUCGUGGAGCGACUAUCACUUCACUUACGCCGUGGCCCGGGCCUUCCAAGACCUGUACGAGAACCGCUGGGGCUGGAGAGACCGCAUGGCGGAUUACUGGGCAGAGGUGGCGCGCGCGUUUAGAGACGAGGACGGAGUUCUGGGAUAUGAUCUUCUCAACGAGCCCUGGGUUGGGGACGAGUUUUCAAACCCCAUGCUCAUGGCGCCGGGCGUUGCUGACAAGCUGAAUCUGGCUCCGUUGUACGAGCACCUGCAAGCGGCUAUCCGCGCGGAGGACCCGAGUAAACUGAUUGCGUUUGAGACUGUCACGUUUGACGAUGCGGUGAGCGGGUUGCGGUGGGUCCCGGGCGGGCAGGCUUGGCGGAACAUGAGCGUGCUGAGUUACCACCACUACCGGCCGCCCAACGUUGCGGUGCGGGCGACCAUGAAGCAACGCAUGGCGGAGCGCAAGCGGCUGCAGUGCGGCGCCAUGCUCACGGAGUUCAGCCUCCCGAGCAUUCCCUUAGGAAUCAAGGUGGGGCGCAGCCGCCGGAACGGGCUUUUCGAAAUGGCUCGCUAUUUCGGCAGAGGCAAUGAUUCUGGUGGUGAGAGGCUGGCGGAACGAGCUCUUAUGCAGAGUAAUUCCUCAGGUUUUCGAGCCUCGGGUUGCACGGUGCACAGAAGAUCGUUGCAGCGGACGCUGCAUUGGAAAGCGUUGCCUUGGGCGGAACGGAGAGCGCAAUCAGCGGCAGGGAAAGCGGUGGUGCGAGGUUUGCUGAGCUGUGGUGAAGCAGAGACAGGGCGUGCUGUGCAGAUGCAGGCGGAGAAGGAUGAGGAGGGGAAUGCCGAGGAAGUGAGCAACACGGGGCAACCAAGCAACGGAACAGUUGAUCCGAAACAUAAAGAAGACGAGGAUCCUGGGCCGGGUGCAUGGAAAGAGAUGGAGGAGUUGUUGGAUGCAGCUGAUGAGCACGUGCAAUCGUGGAUGGCGUGGGAAUACAAGGCGUUUCUCCCCAUCACGGGCGCCAACCUGGGGCUGUUCCAUCGCAACGGCUCGCUGAAUAUGCGCCUGGGCUUGCUCCUUGCCCGGACGUACCCACAAGCCGUUGCAGGCCGUAUCUUGCAGUUCUUCUUUAACUCUUCUGCCGCCUCAUUUCAUUUGAGUUACCUGGCGAACCACCCUCUGCCACCAGACAGACACGUUCGGCCGACGACCUGGUUGUUUUCAUCUAAAGAUGCAGAUGAGCAGGUAAGGGACGGCCCUCCAGUAGCACCUACUGGAAUGGAAUUUCGGACGGAGAUUUACUGCUUCCGAUGUGGGGAGGUGGGGUGGAGGACAAGUGUGCGUGUGGUGCCUGCAACGGUGAAGUGGGCUAUGAAAGGGCGUACGGUGGAGGUGGAGCAUGAGGCGAAAGAUGCAGGGAAGAGGGUGGAUGUUUGGAUUACGCACGAGCGCACAGAUGGACCGCCUGACAAGCCUGGAACAACAUACGCAUGA